AUGGCUGAUCGCAGCGACGUGCUGCGUGACCUGGCGAAGUCGCUAGGCGUGAAGCAGAUUCCGUCGUACUCGAUUUUCAGGGACGGGCAGAUGGUGCACGAGGAGCCUGGCAUGGAUGUGGAUAGGCUGCUGCUGCAACUGCAGUAUUACAGCAGCAGCGGGAGCAACCUCGGGAUGAACGCCGCGGAUAGAUCCGAGGGCGGUAGCGUGUACAGCGGAAGCACGGACACGGAGCAGGACGGGAAAGUGCUUGAGCUGAACGGUCGCGAGGAUUUCUAUGAGCUGCUGCGCCGGCACGAGAACGACGAUCGGUUGGUUGUGCUGAAAGCGACGCUGACGCUAAGCUUACCUAGCUUUAAGCUUGUCCGUCCGCGCAUGGCUUUCGCUGGGUGGCUGCGCCGAGGCAGCAGCCACCGAAGGGCCGUAAGCGCGCUGAACUCCCCGCUUCCGCUUCAGCUACUUCGACAGCUCGCUCCUGCCGCCAUUGCCGCGAGCUACCUGGCGGAAGGCUUAGCGCAAGGUUCGCCUGCUGCGGAGAGUUUCCACAGCAGGGCUACAGGCGUGUGCGGAAGCGGAGGGUCCGCGGUGCAGUCUUCCGCCAGCCCGCCAGGCGGAUGGCGGCAUCUGGGGAAUCAGGGGGGCAGCGGGGAGGAGGAUUCGGACAAUGACCAUAGCGUGGACGUCACGCCGUGGGGUCCGCAGUGUCGCCAGUGCGUGAACCGCCUCUCCUAUCUGUCCCUGUCUCUUGCCUGCAGCGGGGUGGAUCUCCUGCGCAACCCCAAGUACAACAAGGGGCUGGCCUUCACAGAGGAGGAGCGCAACCGCCUUUACCUCAACGGGCUGCUGCCUGCUGGCUAUAUGAGCCAGGACCAUCAGGUUGACAGGGUGUUGGCGAAUCUGAAAGAGGCACAGUCGGACCUGCAGCGCUAUGUGCACCUCAUGGCGCUGCAGGAGCGCAACGAGCGGCUCUUCUAUCGCGUGCUGGUGGACCACGUUGAGCAGCUCAUGCCCAUCUGGGCCUGGCGUGUGAGCGCUUUGGGCUGCUGUUCCGGCGGCCCGCGGGGGCUGUUUGUGUCGCAGCGGGACCGCGGGCGGGUGAUGGAGCUGCUCAAGAACUGGCCGGAAAGACGCGUGCGGGCGAUUGUGGUCACUGAUGGGGAGAGAGUGCUUGGGCUUGGGGACCUGGGAGUGCAGGGCAUGGCAAUAGCCGUGGGCAAGUUAACACUCUAUACGGCUUGCGGAGGCAUUCACCCAGCAGAGGAGUACGGCGAGCUGAUAGACGAGUUCAUGGAGGCGUGCGUGCAAGCAGCGCUUCGGGAGUACGACGAGCUGAUAGACGAGUUCAUGGAGGCGUGCAAGCAGCGGUUUGGGUCGGACGUGCUGAUUCAGUUUGAGGACUUUGCCAACCACAACGCCUUCCGCCUGCUCUUCCAGUACCGCGGCUCUCACCUCGUGUUCAACGACGAUAUCCAGGGCAACAUCUCUCUCGUGGGUUUGCAUCUAGUUUUGAAACCCAGGGAACAUCUCUCUCGUGCCCCGCCCGCACCAUCGACCCACUAUUCCACCCUUUCCCCUUCCGCUCUUCCUUCCCUCCACCCACAAUCUCCCUCCCACCAGGGCACAGCAGCUCUACCCCUGCUGGGCUCAUCCCGUCCAACCAGACCAUCCUUUGCUCCCCUUCCUCCAUUUCCCCCUCACACCCAUGGCCUCGCUCCCACCAGGGAACAGCAUCAGUGGCCCUGGCGCGGGCUGCUGGCGUCUCUACCCCUGCUGGGCUCAUCCCUGUCCAACCAGACCAUCCUUUGCUCCUCCUUCCUCCAUUCCCUCCCUCACCCAUGGCCUCGCUCCCACCAGGGAACAGCAUCAGUGGCCCUGGCGGGGCUGCUGGCGUCUCUACCCCUGCUGGGCUCAUCCCUGUCCAACCAGACCAUCCUUUGCUCCUCCUUCCUCCAUUCCCCUCCCUCACCCCAUGGCCUCGCUCCCAACAGGGAUAGCAUCAGUGGCCCUGGCAGGGCUGCUGCGUCUCUACCCCUGCUGGGCUCAUCCCUGUCAACCAGACCAUCCUUUGCUCCUCCUUCCUCCAUUCCCCUCCCUCACCCCAUGACCUCGCUCCCACCAGGGAACAGCAUCAGUGGCCCUGGCAGGGUGCUGGUGGCUCUACCCCUGCUGGGCUCAUCCCUGUCCAACCAGACCAUCCUUUGCUCCUCCUUCCUCCAUUCCCCUCCCUCACCCAUGGCCUCGCUCCCACCAGGGAACAGCAUCAGUGGCCCUGGCAGGGCUGCUGGCGUCUCUACCCCUGCUGGGCUCAUCCCUGGAACAGCAUCAGUGGCCCUGGCAGGGCUGCUGGCGUCUCUUACCCCUGCUGGGCUCAUCCCUGUCCAACCAGACCAUCCUCUUCUUCGGGGCGGGCGAGGCCGGCACAGGCAUUGCCGAGCUGCUGGCGACCGCAAUCAGCAGAGAGGCGAACAUAUCCCUGGCGGAGCUAGAGGCCGCAUUUGGCUCGUGGACUCCAAGGGUCUGGUGGUGCGCAGCAGAGUGGACUCGUUGCAGCCUCACAAGGUUCCCUUCGCGCAUGACCACCCCGAAUCAGCUGAUCUCGUGGAGACCAUCCAUGCCAUACGGCCAACAGCGCUGAUAGGGGUGUCAGGGCAGGCAGGGACGUUCACCCAGCCAGUGUGUGAAGCCAUGGCUCAACUCAAGAGUGAAGUGGUGCUGGUAGCAGUGCCAGGGCAGGCAGCAGGGACGUUGUUCACCCAGCCGGUGUGCGAAGCCAUGGAACAACUCAACGAGCGACCAUCGUCUCGCUCUCUCCAACCCCACGCGCUCUCUGAGUGCACAGCAGAGGACGCGUACAAGUGGACUCAGAUGGGUAAGCGUUUCUGCCGUUCACUCAACCAUCUCUGUUCUGCAUCCGUCCCUCACCCCACCAGGGUCGGGCCAUCUUUGCCAGCGGCAGGCGGAUGGAUGGCCGUUCGCCCCAGUGGAGAUGGAUGGCAGGCGGUUUGUCCCGGGCAGGACAACAACGCGUAUGAGUUCCAUCAAGCCUACUUAUCUUAUUUCUCCUCUCACUCUCCAUCCCACCAGCGUCGGGCCAUAUUCGCCAGUGGCAGCCCGUUCGCCCCGGUGGAGAUGGAUGGGAGGUGGCUUGUCCUCGGGCUGGGCAACAAUGCAUGUGUGUUUCCUCAAGCCAACUUCUUCGCAUCCCAUUCUUCCACCCCCACCAGCGUCGGGCCAUAUUCGCCAGUGGCAGCCCGUUCGCCCGGUGGAGAUGGAUGGCAACCACUAAAUCUUCCUGCACACCACCCUCUCCACCCCUCCACACCCCAUUCCACCGCUCCAGGGUCGGGCCAUAUUCGCCAGUGGCAGCCCGUUCGCCCAGUAGAAAUGGAUGGGAGGCGGUUCGUGCCAGGGCAGGGAAACAAUGCGUAUGUGUUUCCGGGGAUCGGCCUGGGCUGCCUCAUGUGCGGGGCCACCAGGAUGAGAGACGAGAUGUUCCUCGCUGCUGCCGAGGCACUGGCUGCACAGAUGUUCCUCGCUGCUGCUGAGGCACUCGCAGCACAGGUGAGGGCGAUUGAGGCACUCGCUGCACAGGUGAGGGCGAUUGAGGCACUGGCGGCACAGGUGAGCGACGAUGACAGGGAGCAGCGGCAUGUGUACCCACCAUCUGGGAGACCUUCUGAGUGUGUGAGCGACGACGACAGGGAGCAGGGGCGCGUGUACCCACCCAUCUGGAAGAUUCGGCAGAUCUCAGCCCACAUCGCCAGGGCCGUUGCUGCUAAGGCGUAUGACCUCGGUGAGUUGCGAGGAGAGCUGUAG